UUAAUCAAUAAAUAAAAAUUAUGUUAAAUUCAAGUAUCUAUAGUGCUGAAAAAAGUUCAACCUUAAAGACAAAAGGAAAUUAAGCUCAUUAACUUUCAACAGCAAUAAGUAAAUUCGGAGAUUCAAGUUUGAAAUCAAAAAAUUAAGAAUAAAAAAACAUAUCUCCUGUUAAAUUAAGAUUAUUUAGAGACUCUCCAAAAACUUAUAAAGGACUUGAAGGUUGUAUUGUAGGUUAAUAUAAGUAAGUAUAUACAUAAAUUUAAGUCCUUUAACUCCAACUCAUGUUGUAUUUUCCAACGAUAAAAUUUCAUCUCCAAUUAAAUCAGCUAGAACAUUUAAAGAUUCAACAGAAUCAGCAAAGGUCAAGUUAAAUCAAUUUUAAGAUUGGAACUCUAAAUUAGACAUUCAAUUAUAAAUAUAAAAUAAUUAGAUUUUAAAAUUGAAUCAUCAACUUGUUCAAUAAAGUUAUCAACCUUAUCAACAUAAAAGCUAAAAAUUAAAUUUAUUUUCAUAAAGCAAUCCCUCAAAUUUCUAAAAGUUUGGUAGAUAAAGUGACAUUUCAUCACUUUCAUCAAGAUUGAACUCUAUUCCAACAUAAUAGAUUGUUACAUAUUAAAUAGGGUAUAUAUAAGCAAGAUUAUCAUAGACAUCAAAGUGAAUUAAAUGCAUUACAGUCAUCAUUAAGUAGAAUAAUGAAAACGAGUAGAAUCUGAAAAUUAGUGAUAAU